AUGGCUGGAAAGGUUGUGUCGACAGUCAUCCGAGUCGGCGAUAUAUCGUACUACAUGCACCCUUUAACCCCUUCUGUGAGGUCUACCUAUCGGCUGUACCCAGAUACUGCAGAUGCCUUUAUAGUGGCCACAGUUCCAGAUGAUGGCGAUGGCUUUCGAUCUCUAGAUGCUUCUGCGUACGGAGAACAGUUUCCAUCAGCUCUUACUGUCGCCGUACCCUCUCGCCUAUAUUAUAUCAAAUCAAGUGAGAAGCCAUAUGCGGGCUUGAGGAUAGCCAUUAAAGACAUUAUAGACUUAAAAGGGCUCAAGACAGGAGCUUCUUCUCGCGCGUACACCGAGCUUUAUCCAGCCAGAGAAGAAAGCGCAGAAACCGUCAAGCGGCUUAUCAACUUGGGUUUUGUGAUUGUUGGGAAGCUAAAGACUACACAAUUCGCGGACUCGGAAUGGCCAACCAGUGACUGGGUCGACUAUCAUGGACCUUGGAAUCCGCGCGGAGACGGGUAUCUCACCCCCAGCGGAAGCAGUGCUGGCAGUGCUUCCGCUGUUUCCACCUAUACGUGGCUUGACUUAUCCUUGGGCACAGAUACUUUGGGGAGUAUAAGAUCCCCUUCGGCAGCUCAAGGAAUUUUCGGAAUGAGGCCUACGCUUGGAGCCGCAAACACCACCGGUGUAGUGCCGUACAGCUCCAAUUGGGACACAGUCGGUGGAUUUGCCCGUACGGCAACGGAGUUCAAGAGCCUCGCACAAGCGCUCUACGGCUCGGCGGAGACAGAAGGCAAGGUUUACGAGAAGCCGACAAAGCUAAUCUGCUUGACCGACUACUGGCCAGUUCAUCAUGAAGAAAGCCAGCGAGUCAUGGAGAGUUUUGUCAUGCGCGUUGAAAGCUUUCUGGGCACAAAUCGUACAAAUAUCAAUCUCGCAGACACAUGGAAAAGAACCCGUCCAGUAGGGACAGACGAAUCCAUCAGCAAGUAUUUUCACCACGCCUUCGACUGGUCAGCCAACCGUGAUCAGUGGACAGGACUUCUCAAACCGUUCAUCACAGAAUACACGGAAAAGAUGGGCAAACCACCAAUUCUCAAUCCACAGGUUCGAUUUAAAGUGGAUGGCUACUCUAGCAGUAUAAUCGUUCUCCCCUGGACGAAUGGUGAGCCAGACUAUCGUGAUAAGUAUAAGAGCGGGCCACAAGAAUUUACAGGCCAGGGGUUCUUUUUUUAUAAUGUAGGCCCUUAUGCUCAAUGUCCAGAGCUCAUUGUUCCUGUCGGUACCACGCCAUAUAUCUCAAAGUUCACGCAAGAGACAGAACAGCUUCCUGCCGCCGUUGGAUUCAUAGCUGCUAAAGGCAGCGACGUUAUGCUGGCUGAUUUCGUCAGUAAACUUUUUGAAGAUUCAUAUACUGUCAUCAAACCAGAGCAAGAACAAGCCCCUCUUAGUUAG